AUAUUAUUUAAAUAAUAUGAUCAGAGGAUUAAGAUUGUUAUAGAUGAGGCCAAUCUUUUGUUUUGCUGCUGACAAGACUCCUGCAACCACAUAGGGCAAACAAUAAUAGGCAAAGCCAAUUCAAGUCUAUAAAGAUGGAUAAUUGAUAACAAAGAAUUAUCUGUAAUUGAAGAAGUCCUAGGAUAUCGAAGGGUAUGUUCUUGCCUUGGUGAAGAAUUAUUACAGAACAACAAACAAAGUAAUAAAUGAUAAUAAUAUUAAGUCAGCUUUAACUCUGGAUUCUGAAUUGGAAUAGCAUGGAUUGGACAGUUUGGAUUCGAUUGAGUUGUCGAUGCAAGUAAGGACUAUAUCGAGUAAAAUUAGAUUGAGGAGGAUUUGGGAUAUGUGAUUUCAGCUGAAACUCUGCCGGUCUUGAAUAAGAUUAGACACUACGUUAAUUACAUCAAAUAAGUAGAGCAAUAUAAGGUGGAGAACAAUGCCUCUCCAUUGGCAUGAUUAAAUAUCAUAAUGCAUAUUCAGUAUUAAUAACAAAAUAUUA